AUGGCUGAAGAAGCAAAGAGACUUGAGAGACUUAAAGCAAUGAGAAGUUUAUUAAAAAGUGAGAUGGAGAAAUCAGAAACCUUUUCAUUGGCUUUACACAAGACAGGAUCAAAGCUUGAAGAGAUCAAUCACAAGCUGUUGUCUUUAGAAGCUGACGUUAAAGUAGAGAGAUGGAGAUCUUCUCCUUUCUCUGAUCAUAUCCGUCACACCAUUGCUCCAAUAUCAGCUGCUCUGAGAGUCUUUGCUUCUGUUCAAGACCUCGAGAGAUCUCUCACAAUCAUGAUGUCGUCCUCUGAUGGAGUCGUCGUCCUCGGUUAUGUUUCCGAUGUUAAACGUCUCGGAGAAGCCAUGAAGCUUCUCUCAAGCAGCUGUGUUCUUGCUCUUACCUGGCUUGAAGACACAAUCGAGUUCUUAACCGAAAACGGAAUGCCUGAAGACCAUCCUUGCGGCUUACGUUUCAAGACUUCCAUAGAGCUUCUGCAGGAGCUGCAAAUGGCCGAGGCUCGUGCUUAUCUCAGAGGAGGGAGUCUUUACACAGCGUUGGAGAAUCUCGAAACAGAGUUUGAGCGGAUUCUCCAAGAGGAGGAGGAGGCUUUCUCAGAAGCCAACAUGAGAAUGUUGAAGGCUAUCAUCAAGAGAUUAGAUGCUCACAAGCUGUUAUCAAACUGUGUUCCUGUUUACGUCAAGAUCCGCAUAAAGGUCAUCAAGAAACGGUUUCAGAUUGAUUACUUAGAGAAAACAAUCACAGAAGCUGACAAUGUACAGGACAUUGGAGGAGACAUAGAUCAAUGGAGAUUGGAUAUGGAGAUGGCUGUGAAAGAGGUCUACGAGUUUGAGAGUAAGCUCUGCUACCAAGUGUUUGAAGUCAACAAUCUUGCGUUGCGUUGCUUUGGAGAGAUAGCUGCGAGCUCAACGAUCUUGCCACUUGUGAGAUUCGGAUCAAGAAUCAGCAAAUGCAAGAAAGAUACACCGAAGCUGCUAAAGCUCUUGGAUUGUUUCUCUACAAUGGACAAGAUUCGGAACGAGUUUAACCGUCUGUUCACAGGGGAGCAAUGCUCAGAGAUACGCAGAGCCACACGAGAGCUGAUAAGCAACCUCGUGAACGGCGUCUGCGAGAUCUUCUGGGAGUUGCCUUGUCAGGUGGAGCUGCAGAGACCAAACUGUCCUCCUCUUGACGGUGGUGUCCCCAAGCUAGUGAGUGUUGUGACUGACUACUGCAACAAGCUACUUGGGAGCAAGAACAAGCCGGUCUUGUCCAAGAUUCUUGAGAUUGACUUGGGUUGGAAAAACGAAACGUACCAAGAAGAGCUUCUCACAGGACACAUGUACAACGUACUGAGAGAGAUUGCUUUGAAUCUUGAUGCGUGGUCGAGUUCCAACAAAGAGACAGCUCUUUCUUGCAUCUUCAUGAUGAACAACCACUGCCAUUUCUCCGGUUUGAGAGAGACACCUCUCGGGAGACUCAUGGGAGAGUCUUGGUUAAGCUCGCACGAGCAGUACAGAGACUACUACGCUGCGCUGUAUGUUAAAGAAACCUGGGGAAAGCUCUUGUCUCUACUCAACAACAAAGCUCAAGCUGUCUCUUCAUCAUCAUCAUCAAGAAAACGAGCUCAUCGUGAGUCGAUAAAGCGAACGUUACAGUCCUUUGCUAAAGGGUUUGAUGAGAUGUACAGAGAGCAGUCAGAUUGGGUUGUGGCGGAUGAGAAGCUGAGAUGGAAGAUACGUCAAGCUAUGGUGAGGACGGUUGUGCCAAGGUACAAGAGCUAUCUACAGAGUUACAUAAUGGUGUUGGUCGAAGAAGAUCAUCGUUCGAGUGAUGGUGGUAAGCAUUUAAACUAUACUCCAAAGGGUUUAGAGGUGAAGCUGAAGACAAUGUUUCAAAGCAGAGAAGAAACAGAGAAGAGAGAUAACAAAAAUUCUCACUUUUUGGACAAAGUGAUUGGUUUGGGGAUUACUGAAAAGUCUCACUUGACAUUAGAAGCUAUAUGA